AUGCUCGGAGCUUUUGAAAAAAAUGACGCGCAUAUGACUGUUAGGAUCAUUUUAUUCACGAAAAAGGUUGAUGGAAAAAAGGUACUAGAACCUCUAGCUGAUAUUUUUAAUCAGCAAGAUUCGUUAGUUUCUGUAUCUGUUGCUGGGAAAAAACGAAGUAUUGGCCAGUGGCAUCUUGAACAAGUAUUUGAUGAUGGCGAUUACCAUCACUUUUAUCGCGACCUAACAAUAAAGAAACACGAUAGCCUCCAUCCUGAGGCUCUUCUUGAACUCUUGGCGAUAACAUCAAUUUCAAAACUAAAUGGGCACUUCGAGCAAGUAUUUAAACACGCUGAGCGUCUUUGUCCUCAAGAAGUUUAG